CCUUCAUCCUUCGUUCCAUCCGCAGUCCUUUGCUCCUCAGUGAUGACGACGAAUCCGAUGCUCUGAGAAGCCAAAAUUCAGGUGUCCUUAGUUCGACGGACGACUGCCAAGAUGUCCAAUCCGUCGUCGGCGUACCCAAUUCUCUACGCUUCCUUCAAUCAAGAUAGCAGCUGCUUCGUUGUUGGUACGAGGGAUGGUUUCAAGAUUUUCGACUCGAACACGGGGAAACUUCUAUAUGAACGAGCGAUGGGAGCUUUCAUUAUAGUCGAAAUGCUAUUCAACACGAGUCUCCUUGCCAUUGUUGGAGCUGGUGAGCAGCCUUCUUUAUCACCUCGUCGCCUGGUUCUCUUCAAUACUACCACUGGGACUCCUCUCAGAGAGCUAAACUUCCUUACAUCUGUUCUUGCAAUUCGCUUGAACAGGAAAAGACUUGUGGUUGUUCUACAAGACAAAACGUUCAUAUACGACACAAAUAGUGUAGCUAUGUUGGACACAGUCGAUACUGUUCCAAACUUAAAAGGAAUAUGUGCAUUUUCUCCGAAUUCGGAUGGUUGCUUCCUAGCACUUCCCGCAAGCACGACUAGAGGAUUGGUUUUGGUGUACAACGUCAUGGAGCUCCGUCCACAUUGUGAGAUUGAUGCCCAUCGUUCACCAUUGGCUGCAAUGGUCCUUUCAUCAGAUGGGAAGUACCUAGCUACGGCUUCUGAACAGGGGACCCUUAUCAGAGUUUAUCUUGUUUCGGAAGCAACUAAGUCAUUUAGCUUUAGAAGGGGGACAUAUCCAUCAACAAUAUAUUCCCUCUCAUUUGGGCCUCCUGCGCAACUUCCUGAUCUUCUUGCUGCCACGAGCUCUUCGGGAGCUGUGCACAUAUUUUGCCUCGAGCUUGCCAUGAAUCAGAGAAGCAGAAGAUCAAAUAGUUUACUCGGCUCAGUAUUGCCAGACUCCAUUCACGACGUGCUUGAUCCACCCUAUCAUCUAAUACUUCAUAAUGCAAUUUCAAGUGGAAUAAAAAGCUAUGCAGUAAUUCGAAAGGUGGUUAAGGAAAGCGGAACAUCUACAUCUGACUUUCCAGCAUGCAGGGUGACAAUGUUGCUGAUAGCCUUCACCGGCUACUUCCAAGAAUACAGCUUAAGUAUAAAUAACCAGAACGAGUCCUCGUGGAGUUUGGAGCGUGAGUUCAAUCUCUUGACUGUAGAUUCCAGCGUUGCGACAAGAUCAUGAACAGAACUAAAUUCGAGAUUUUAGGUGGUGUCUAUGUGGUUACAGUGGGUGUAUUUUCCCCGCAAUGGGGUGGUUUUACUUAAAAAUAUUCUUUUAAUUACUGAAAGAAGUUGAAAAUGGAAUGAAAAUGAAUAGAGAUGCAUGCAGUCUUGUAAGUUUACACGUUCAAGAGGUCUUUGUUUCUUGUAUGGAAGGUCUUGUCUUGUACAUGUAAAAAUUCGCCAUAAGUUUAGUACUUUCACAGUUAAUUGAUUGUUCUCGGGUUCAUAUUGUUUUUCA